GCGUGUACCUGACCACUGUCGAUGGAUGGGGAUUUUACAAAAUUCCCACUGUUGGAUCGAUGACGAACUUCAAGGUGAAGGCCACGUGUGAGGCGGCGGGGAUGAGGUACCCUUGCCACUACUCAGGUAGGAACGGGUGUCCCGGCGCCCACUGGACCUCAGACUGCAUCACGUAUGACGACGGCGGUAUCGAUAUAUACUGUCGUACCCCAAGCGUCCUCUCAGCAAACCUGUGUGGACAUACUGACCCUAAGCGCUGCCAGCCCCUUGAUGACACAUUUUCGUACCACCCUAACUGGCUGAGUGAUGGCAGCGCUUGGGGAGUGGACUACGACACUCACACCUGGGAACUACAUGGAGCAGACUACAGCAACAUGUACGCUCUGUGUACCGACCUUGAUGACUGCGCGUCCUCCCCUUGUGCUCAUGGAAACUGUACGGACGGAGUGGGGAGCUACACCUGUAGCUGUGAGAACGGCUGGGGAGGGACGGACUGUGAUCAAUACAUUGACGACUGUGCGUCCUCUCCGUGUGUACACGGUAACUGUACGGAUGGCGAGGGGAGUUACACCUGUAGCUGUGAGAACGGCUGGGAAGGGACGGACUGUGAUCAAGAUAUCGACGAGUGUGCAAGCAACCCUUGCUGGCUGGGAGGGACCUGCUUGGAUGACGUGGACGGUUACAGCUGUGUUUGCCCGAAAGACAAGACGGGCAAGAACUGCGAUAUCGGACCUUUUGCCGGAGAAUGCUACGAGUUCUCCAACGUGGCUGUAACACAUCGUGAGGCGACAGAAGCCUGCAGUACCAAUGGCGGCCGCUUGGUAGACGUGGAAGACGACAAACUGCAGCGUUUCCUCGCCGACAAGAUCGCGGUCACCAGUCGCGCUUCCAACUGGCUGGCCAUGAGAACUGCGCCAUUGUCUGAUUUCUACAGUCACUGUGAUGGAUUUCUUAGUGCAGGCUCCCUACAGUGGGUGGGAGGUGAGCCUUCCUCCCCUUUGGACCUGUGUGUUCUCCUGGACAGCUCCAACAACUACAUGGCAAAGGCUGCUUUCUGCACGGAGCAACACAACUACGUCUGCGAGUCCGCUGCCAAACCCUGUGAACCAAACGUGUGUCAAAACGGCGGAAACUGCACCUCCUGCUUCAACGACUCCAGCACCUUCUGCGACUGUCCUGAUGGGUUCGAGGGAAGGACGUGUGAGAUAAAUAUCGACGAGUGUGCCUCAAAUCCGUGCCAAAAUGGCGGAAGUUGUCAUGACGGCAUCAACUCCUACAGCUGCAGCUGUAUCGGCACGUUCCAGGGCGUCCACUGUGAAGCAGCCCCGGACUGGUGUUCUCCAGACCCAUGUCCGCCAGGUUUGACAUGCGUGGAUCACACGUUCUACUUCCUGUGCAAUGAUCCAGCUUCAGCCAAUCGGAUGGUCUCCUACCAGUGCAGCAGCGCCUCCUGUCCAGACGGCAUGUACUGCACCGAGGAGGGCGACGCCUCCUUCUCGUGCAAACCUGAGUGA